GUGACAUCAACUAACUUUUGACGCCAUCACCAACCUUUUCAUUCUCGAUAUCAGAUUCAAUACAGCCAGUCAUGAUGCUUACUACAAGAUUUCGUGUAGUUCCUACGCUACGAAGCGCAGUCAGGUCAUUCACGACCUUGCCGUCCAACCCAAACAUUAAAGUCUUUCCCCACCCAAACGACCCAAAAAGCUACAUCCUCUCCCUCCUCCCCACGACCCCUCCCCCACCCACCCUCUCCAUCGGCACCACCACCGCCCUACCCCCAACUCCCCAGUCCUUCACCACCAACCCCCACUUUCUUUCCAUCCUCAACUCCGUCCUCGCCGAACACGCCUACUCCGACCCCGGUCUUCAAUCACAAGCCCAAGCCUUUGCUUCCCCAGCCGGUUUCUCCUUCCUUCCUCGUCCUGGCUCGAGAAAGGUAGGCAAAAAGGGCAGCGACACGGGCGCCGGCGGGGCGUCAGCGGAGGGAGGCGCGGGAGGCGCGGGCAGGGGAGGAUGGGUGCACUUGAGUGAUGAGAGGACGCCAGUGGAUUUCGGAAGGAUUGCGUGGCCCGAGGAUAUCUUUGGGAGCGUGGAGGUGGAUGGGCAGGGAAAGAUGAUCGAGGGGACGUUCCAGGGGAGUGGGACUUAUCGGGUUGUUACGAAUCAGGGCAUCUUGGGACUAAGUCCGUUUUUGAUGGAGAGGUUGGUUGCGAGGUUCAAGGAGGAGGAGGCGAAAGAGAAGCAGAAAGCUUGAGAGGAGAUGUUUGGGGUUUGAAGGAUGUGGGUGGUGAGAGCGGAUGUACAAUAGGUGAGCGGUCCGUUUGAUGUGUCGCUACACUUCAUGCUGUUGUCCAAAAUAAAGGGGAGACGUACGUCUUGGGGUUCGAUUCGUCAAUGAGUAAUGUCCUAAAUUUUCAAACAAUUUACUGGGAGAUCUGAC